GCGGCGCACGGUUGUUGACAGUUGAUGCACUUUACCGUUCGUUCGUCCUCGCGAGUGCGCGAUCGAAAAAUUGAAUUUUAUCGGAAUAUUUCGGAACGUUUACGCGACAAAUGUGUUUGAUCAGUGGUGCAACGAAAAUGGGUCGUGAUUAUUGAAUAAAAGCAAGAAUAAAAACUUAAGCGUCGCGAGUGAACACCGCCGUAAACAUGUCGCGCUUUUACACACCAAAGUCAACGCCAAACCGGUUCGAAACACCGAUCGGUUCGCCGGCGCGACCAACUCCGACCCCGCGGUCCCACGUUCCGAAAGCGACUGCGAGCACUUCCGGCCUGGGGGGAACGCGCUACCAGAUGAACGCAUCGAGCAGUGAGAGUUUGAGUUCCGCCUCUUCGUCUAACUUUAUGACGCCGAAGAAUCCGGCCGCGCUGUUUGCCGCGACCAAGUCCAAGUCCUCGACGGCGCUGAACAGCGCUCGGACGCCGUCCUCGUUGUUUAGGGGGACGCCGACGGGGGGAGUUCCUGGUGGUUCGUGUUAUGGGACGCCGAGAUGGAACGGGGUUUCGAAGAUGAGGGCGCCGGCGGCGGUGGCGGAACGAACCCCGGAAUGCUACUCGAAGGUGUCGCUGGAGAGUCCGCUGGUGGGGAGGAAGUCGAGGAAGUUGGAUGAUUCCAUUAGGAAGGAUGGUUAUGGCGGAGAGAUUAGUAACUUGAAGGUUGCGGUAAGGAUUAGACCGCUGUCGGCGAAGGAAUGCGUGGAAUCGGUGGCGAAUGUGGUGAAGGUGAAAGAAAACGAGGUGAUUGUCAAUGCGGGGAACACGGCGGACAAUACAGCCGGGGUGGAGCACUGCUUUCAGUACGACCAUGCAUUUUGGUCGUGCAACGCGGAACAUCCGUCCUAUGUGGACCAACCGACGGUUUAUCGCGGGUUGAUGAAGCCGCUGCUGGACAAAGCGUUCGAGGGUUACAACGCGUGUCUGUUCGCGUACGGCCAGACCGGAUCCGGCAAGAGUUACAGCAUGAUGGGCAUGGAUUCGGACGAUUUGACAAUCAACCAGGAGGCCGGUAUAAUCCCGCGGUUCUGCCAGGAACUGUUCCACAGAAUCGAUUCCAUCAAGGACAAAAUCCAGGCGGAAGUCGAAGUGAGUUAUUUCGAAAUCUACAACGAAAAGAUCCACGACCUGCUGGCGGUUUCCGCCACGGACGGCGUCUUCGCCGUAACCUCCGCCAACGCCGGCAAGAAACCUCCCCUCAAAGUCCGCGAGCAUCCCGUUUGGGGCCCGUACGUGGUCGAUCUCAGCACGCACCCCGUCGAUUCGCACUCGGCGCUCCGCAACUGGCUCGCCGUCGGCAACAGCCAACGCGCCACGGCCGCCACCGGAAUGAACGACAAAAGUUCCCGCUCGCACUCGAUCUUCUCCGUCGUGCUAAACCUCUCGGAAGCCGUCUCGUCCGAGGACAGCGAGGGCAAACCGAUCCAUCAAACUAAGCGCGCCAAAAUCAGCCUCGUCGAUUUGGCCGGGUCGGAGCGGAUUUCGCACACGUGCGCCAGCGGCGAUCGCCUCAAGGAGGGCGUCAGCAUCAACAAGAGUCUGCUCACGCUCGGGAAGGUCAUCUCGUCGCUGGCCGAAUCGAAGCGCAACACUGCCGCGUACAUUCCCUACCGCGACUCGGUCCUGACCUGGCUGUUGAGGGAAAACCUUGGUGGCAAUUCGCGCACGGUCAUGCUGGCCACGAUCUCGCCGGCGGCAACCCAUCUGGAGGAAACGCUAGCCACGCUGCGGUACGCGUGCCAGGCCCGAACCAUCGUGAACCGGGUCAAGGUCAACGAAGACCCACACGAUCGGAUCAUCCGCGAGUUGCGGGCCGAGGUCGAACGGCUUCAGGUUCUGCGGCAGGACUACGAACGGCAGGAGCGCCACUCGGCGAACGCCGCUGCCCAGUACCAGCCGCGGAAGAUCAUCAUUGAGACGUCGGUGGACGAGAGCGAAGUUGAGGCGCUGAAGCAGCAGCUGGCGGAAACCGAGCAGGAACUUGCCAAGGCGCAAAAGUCGUGGCGGGAGAGACUACAGGAAGCGGAAGAUGUCCGGCGGACGGAGAUGAAGCUGCUCAAGAGGAAGGGACUGGCGCUGGAGUUGAGUGCGGAGCAGAAGGAACCGUGUUUGGUGAAUCUGGCCGCGGAUCCGAUGCUUUCGGGGACGUUGCUGUACAUAAUCCCGACCGGGACGGUCAACAUCGGACGACCUUCGUCGUUUGGCAAGCCGGACAUUGUGCUGGAGGGACCGCUGGUGUCGCACAAUCAUUGCUCCAUCGAGAAUCGCAUCGGCAAGCUGUACCUGACGCCGCUGGACGCCGAGCAGUACGAGACGUUCAUCAACGGGCAGAUCGUGCGCGAGCGGCGUCAGCUGUUUCACAAUGAUCGGCUCGUGAUCGGCGGGUCGCACUACUUCCGCGUGUCGAACCCGCAGUGUCCGACUCGGAGCAAGCAAAUCAUGGUCGACUUCCAGACGGCGCACCAGGAAAUCUUGCGCGAACAGGAACACCGCCUCCGGCGCGAGCUGGACGCCGAAAAGCGUGCCGCCAUCUCGCAGAUCGAAGCCGAGCGGCUCGCGUACGAACGCCAGUACGAGGAACGGCUCGCGACGCUGGAGCUGGAAAAGUUCAAGUACAAGUGCCACAAGGAACUGCUCGAGACGGAAAAGGAAGCGAUGCUACGGGAACAGGAAAAGCGCCACCAGCAGCAGCAGAACAGCUCGGAUGGCGAGGCGGACAGUUCGUUCGAGUUUACGCCGUUUAAGUCCAACUUGAUCGAGGAGAUUCAGAAGAUGAUGGAGCGACCGAGCGACGAGAGUUUGCACCAGAUUCAGCUUGGGGUGAAGGAGGCGACUCAGCGCUGCCGGGAGUUGGGACUGCGGAUCGAGUUUGGGCAGUCGCAGGUCGCGGACGAGGAGGGGAUUUUGAGGGCGGUUGUAAAUAUCUACGAUAAGACGAAUGGACGGGUUGCGGAGUGGAAUCCGGCUCGGCUGGAGUACUGGCUGAGUGUGGUGAGAGAUCGGGAAGACCUGAACGCGGGGAACGUGUUUGAAAACUUUGACAUUGACUGGCGAGAAGACAGCGGAGCGAUCAGGAAAUCCCGCAACUCCGGGAGAAUCUCCCUCAACGUAGAAUCGGUUAAGGACGUCAUCUGGGGACGGAACAGUCCAACGAAGAAAUCCCCCAACAAGGCGAAAAAGUCGGAAGGUUUGCUCAAAUCCAUGAUCCGAAUGGCGACCUCCUCAAGCUAUAGCAUGCGCAAAGAACAGCAACCCCUCGAAGAUGAAGCAAUAGGCUGCCAACAGCUGCCACCGUCAAACGACGAAAACGUGCCGGACAACCUCCAGUCGGAAUCCCCCUCCAAACUGUCCCGCUUCGAGCUGAAAGUCGCCACCAAGCUGAAGGACAUCCAAAUCGCAACGAUGAAGCUGAAAAGGUACUGCGAAAAGCACCAGGGAGUCUGCAAGCAGGAACCGAACGCCAGCGUGGUCGAUCUGGACAACAGCCUGCGGCCGGAGCAGGGCAUGGCGCGGGAUUUCCUGCAGUCGAUCGCCGACAUCGAGAACGCCAUCCAGGACAUGAGGUUUGUGCUGAUGGAGCAGGACGCGAGGCAUGGCAGUAACGGCGAGCAGAGCAAGUCGUCCAAGUCGGUAAGAUUUGUGCUGGAUUAGGGAAGAGGAUGGAGAGUUUUAAGGUGUUUUAGAGUUAGUUUUUUUUUCUCGCAACUUUGUGCGAUUUUACUUGCCUUAUUUUUUGUCGCU